AUGGAGCCACGCGGGCUGGCCGCGCCCCCUGCGCGCGCCGCUCGUCCCGGGCAGCUCAUUCAAGUAGCGAGCGCGCCCCUAGCCAGCCGCAACCCUCAGCGAGUUGAGAGAAAAUUUCUAGAGAUGUCGAUAAUCGGGGUGGGAGGGGUCGAGACUCGGAGGCUGGGGACUAGACGACUUUCACUGGCGCCACACUUCACCUUGUCGCCUGGCGUGGUGCCAGGCUCUACCGCUAAGUAG